AGUUGGUGAAAAGUCAGUUCAAACUGCCCUUGAUAGAAGUAAGACCGGAAUGUGCGGCAGUGAUAAGAAAUCUGCCAGUGGACGAACCUCCAUUAGCCCCACCCAGUGAUAGCCCCUACUUUAUGGACAAUGCUUCACCCGAUAAAUACUUAAAAUCAGGUUUUACUGGGCACGUUCCUUUUGGAUAUGCAUCUUUUGGAAAAAGCAAUGAAGCGAUGACAAAUAGCGUGCUGUGCGAUUUCACAGCGAAUUACAGAAAGAGUUUAAGCACUGAAUGGUCGCCCGUUACAACUUCCAGGCCAGAUCCGCCCCUGUUAAUUUCGCCUACGGAGAUCUAUCAUAGGCAACUGGGACAACUUCCUAAUUAUGGCGGUCACAUUCCAGGCGCAAUAUUCAGAUUUGGUAAAACAUAUGGCAACGAUUCCAGAGAUGCAAAACGUUGGUUACGAGGAGAUUUCAGCACAUAAAUUCAUGUUUAACAAUAAAUAAAUAAAUAAAUGUGCGUAGUUUUGUUUAUUUAUUAACCUGAAUAAAAAUAUAUAAUUUCUAAUAAAAAUUCUUACAUUGCUUUGUAUAUAAUGUAAAAUAAUAAACACUUUAUAAUUUACUUUCCUACCCAUUUGUGAAGAAUAUCAGAGGCCUUUUGUAAAU